AAUGGACUGGGAGGGUCACGUGACCACCGAGAUCGUCAUGCUCAACCCCGAGAACACGCGCAGCAUCUCCAACAUGACCUCCCAAGAAUUCAUCCAAAAGCUCCAAAAGCGCCUGGGUAAAAACCCGGAGGAAACGGGCGGAUUCCAGGAGGCUCCGCUCGCCUACGACGCCAUUUGGGCUUUGGCUUUGGCGCUCAACAAAACUUCGCAGGAAUUGGUAAAAAAAGGGCUGCGCCUCGAGGAUUUCAACUACAACAAUAAAAACAUCACCGACGAAAUUUACAGAGCGCUCAACUCGUCGGCGUUCGAGGGCGUUUCGGUAAAAAAGCAAAAAAAAUUUGGAAAAAAAUUGGGGAAAAUUUGGGAAAAAAAAUUGGAAAAAAAAAAAAAUUGGGGAAAAAUUUGGCGCCCGAAUAGGGAUCGGGAGUGAAAAUUCCAUAAAAUU